CCAAUGAGAGCAGCCCACGUUUCCACACGAACCCGGAUGUGCGACGCGUGGACCAACCACUGCUAAUGUAGGACAGACAGGGACAAACAAGGAGGGGACAACUCUACUAGAAGACAGAAAGGUGUCGUGUACAAAGUAUACAGGCUGUCAGCUGUUCAACCUACUACUUAAAAGGUGUUUUAAGUCCAAGUGAGUUAAUGUCAAGGUGAGGGGGGAACUUUUGUUAAAGGGGGGAACCUUUUAGCGGUUGCACCUCCAUUUCUACACGGACUACUGUCACACCGGGACCGUAAAUACACCGUCGUAGCUUGUUGUUCCUGUUGGUAACAAGCGGAGGAAGACUCGGUGAAGGUUUAAUACAGAAUAACACCGUUUCAAUGACACAAAGCGGUGUUUCCAGUCCAACUGAAAGCAGAGGUUCCGGUGAGGAGGUUGGUUCCGGGGUGUGACGGUGUGAGGAGAGGCCGCGGAUGGAGUCGUGUCGGCGGGCUGGUGGACUCAGCGGGGUCCUGUGCUCCCUGUCACUGCUCUGUGUCAUCCUGGACAUCCAGCUGGACGGUGUCUUGGGGGCGACUCAUGUCGAGAUCGAGCACCACUUGGAGAUGGGCCGCAAACUUUUGGCUGCUGGUCAGCUGGCCGAGGCCUUGUCCCACUACCACUCCGCUGUGGAGGGGGACUCUAAGAAUUACCUGACCUACUACAAGCGAGCUGCAGUGUUCCUGGCGAUGGGGAAAUCCAAAUCUGCCCUGCCAGACCUGACCAGAGCCAUUCAGCUCAAGCCUGACUUCCUGGCUGCCCGCUUGCAGAGAGGGAAUAUCCUGUUAAAGCAGGGCAACACACAGGAGGCCAGGGAGGACUUUGAAGCAGUGCUGCAGCGCUCCCCAGACCACGAAGAAGCUCUGGACCAUCUGAUGAGAGCGAACGAGCUGGAGGAGAUGCAGGAGGAGGCCCAUGCUGCGUACCACGAAGGGGACUAUAGCACUACCAUCUCUGUGCUGGAGAGAGUCAUUGAGAUCUCUCCGUGGGAUCCCGAGUCGCGGGAGCUCCGUGCAGAAUGUUACAUCCGAAUGGGGGAUCCACAGAAAGCCAUCCAGGAUCUGACGCCGACCACGCGGCUACGCAACGACAACCGCGCCGCCUUCCUGAAGCUCAGCAUGCUGCACUACAGCCUCGGAGAUCACCACGAGUCACUCAAUCACAUCCGAGAGUGUCUGAAGCUGGACCAGGAUGACAAAGAGUGUUUCGGCCACUACAAGCAGGUGAAGAAGCUCAGCAAGCAGCUGGACUCUGCGGAAGAGCUCAUUCAGCAGGACAGGUAUCAGGAAGCCAUUGGAAAGUAUGAAUCCGUGAUGAAGACGGAGCCGAAUAUCCCGUACUACACCAACCUGGCCAAAGAGAGGAUAUGCUUCUGCUUCGUCAAGAUUAACUUGGCUCAGGAGGCCAUAGACGUGUGCUCAGAGGCUCACCAGAGGGACCCCCGCAACGCCAACGUCCUCCGAGACCGAGCCGAGGCUUACAUCCUCAACCAGGACUACGAGAAAGCCGUGGAGGACUACCUAGAGGCGAGAGAGUUUGACGGCGAAGGCGAACGCAUGGAUCUCAAAGAAGGGCUGGAUCGAGCACAGAAGAUGCUCAAAGUCUCUCGCAAGAGGGACUACUACAAGAUCCUCGGCGUCGGCAGGAGUGCAAACAAGCAGGAGAUCAUCAAGGCGUACAGGAAGCUGGCGAUGCAGUGGCACCCGGACAACUUCCAGCUCGAGUCUGAGAAGAAAGAGGCGGAAAAGAGGUUUAUCGACAUCGCGUCGGCUAAAGAGGUCCUCACUGAUCCAGACAUGAGGCAGAAGUUUGACGCGGGUGAGGAUCCCCUGGACCCUGAAAACCAGCAGGGUGGAGGCGGAGGUGGAGGACAGGGCUGGCCUUAUCACUUCAACCCAUUUGAGUCUGGCGGCAGCUUCCACUUCAAGUUCCACCACAACUAGAGCGGAGGACUUGACGAACACGAGGUGGGGUGGGUGGUGUGGGGGACAUUUGGGAAGAACAACGGCGGAUUUAUGGAGAAGUCUUCCUCAGAACUUGUGCUUCGACUUGGGACACAGUUUUGUCGGUUACUUGAACAUUUUGAUUUUUGAAUGCAGCGGAGGCUUGAGCUGUACAGAGAGAAAACUGGACUUCUCACCACUAAAGCUAAGGAUCUAACUGUGGCUGCUGUUGAGUAAAACGUGUCGCUGUGGUUGAAGGAAAUGAAGUCUCGCGGUCUGGUGGUUGAAAGCAGUCGAUGUGGGACAUUUGGUUUGUCCGCUCUUAUUACUCGUUUCUUUCUUUGUGCCAUUCUUUAACAAGGGACUCUUUUUUUUAAUGCAGUAGCUACUUGGACGUUACACAGGAGGACUGUCGGCGCGUUGAUUUCUGCUCGCAGUAUUCUUUAAAGGAAUCACAUGUUUACUGAUCUCGGUCUAUAUUUUUGACCAUGUCAAACCUUCUCUGUACUAGAGAACCAAGAUUUUUAUACAUCACGGCAUCGGGAGGCAUUUUGUUGCGCUUCUACAUUUGAUGGUAAGUAGGUGAGACUUCAGCACUAUUAGAAGGAAACUUGUGGCUGUUCCAAGUUUUGAAAUCCUAUGGAUCUUAAAUCAAUGCCGCUCCCUGAGUUUGAUUUUAAAUUUGUUUUCACCAGCUAUCUAAUUGGAAUAAUGUGUGAAUUCUGUAUUUUAUUGUAUCUUAAACAGGCUACAUGCAGCUCCAAACAUUAUGGAUGUAACUUAUAAUGACAACUUGGUUAAAAACUCACACAUUAACUGCAAAAAAAGUUCAAUAUUCUGGACAAAAGCGUAGAAAUUGACGACUGCCCUUUUCACUUCUUUCAAAGCACGUCUUUGAAAACUUGCACUUUUACCCCUUUUUCGUUUGAAAAAAAAACACUCCACAUCUUCUCCACUUCUGAAAUGUUAAUGAAGGCUUUUUAAAAGCCGUUCAAACACUCUUUACAAACCAAGUGUGUCCUCACUGGUUAUCUGAGAGUCUCAUUUAUAAAAAGGUCUUAAAGGAAUGUGCACAUUAUAAAUGUUAUACUGAGCUGUGGUAUGUUAGUUACAUGUUUCAUGUACAUUUGGAUGAACUGAGGCACAAUUUGAAAACUUAAGUUGCAGAUAAAAAGUGCCAGAUUAUAAAUGAGGCUCCAGCCAGGAAGGACACACAACAGUUAAACCGUAAACUAAGAUGACUUAAGUUAUUUUGUCCACGAUAUCUUAAAGAUACAGUUACUGUAACGGCUUUGAAUCCUGUCUACUGCUCGACUGUGUGAACCAAAAUGUGACCGGCUCUUUGUAUUUAAAUCGACUGAGUGAGAUGGAUUUUGUUUCUGGGUUUUUCUUUUUAAGGUUUUCUGCUGUUAGUGGCAUCAAUUUUACUGUUGCCAAACUGAAUCAGCUGACAUGCUCAAGCGUAUUAAAAUAUUGAAACAA